AUGAACCAGAGUAAAGAUUCACAAGAGGAGAUUUCAAGUGUAGCAUAUUUCUUUAACAGGUAUGUGCUUCAAAAACUGUUCAUAUCCUCAUUGACGCCAAGGAUUAGUUCAGUGUUGGUAAUCUCUAUUAUCUCUAGUUUUGUGCUUUUCGGUGCUUGUAGCAAUGCCUCUGAAACUGUAGAAACGGCAGUGUAA